UGCAUGUUGCAGAUGUCACUGGUGCCAUCACCUUGGGGACAACAUGUGGCUCUUAACAGCUCUGCUCCUCUGGGUUCCAGUUGAUGGUCAAAUAGCAGACCUUGCAAAGUCAGUGCUCACUUUGCAGCCUCCGUGGGUCAGUGUAUUUUCAGAGGAAAGUGUUACAUUACGGUGUGAGGGAGCCCACCUGCCUUGGGACAGCUCUACACAGUGGUUUCUCAAUGGCAUAGCCAUUCAGACCUUGACCCCCACCUACAGCAUCAUCGCCGCCAGUGUCAAUGACAUUGGGGAAUACAGGUGCCAGACAGGUCUCUUGCUGCCAAGUGACCCCAUACAUCUGGAAGUCCACAGAGAUUGGCUACUACUGCAGGUCUCUAGCAGAGUUGUCACAGAAGGGAAACCUCUGGCCUUGAGAUGUCAUGGAUGGAAGAACAAGCUGAUAUACAAGAUACUUUUCUACCACAAUGGCAAGACCUUUAAGUUUUCUCCUUGGAAUCCUGAAUUUACCAUUUCGAAAACCAGCGUGAGUCACAAUGGCAUCUACCACUGCUCGGGCUUGUACGGAAGGCCUCGCUUCACAUCAGCAGGAGUAAAUAUCACUGUUAAAGAGCUGUUUCCAGCCCCAGUGCUGAGAGCAUCCUCCUCACUCCCCCUGCUGGAGGGCAGUCCGGUCAACCUGAGCUGUGAAACGAGGUUGCUCCCUCACAGCCCUCUUGUGCAACUUUACUUCUCCUUCUACGUGGCAAAUCAGACCCUGGCGAGCAGGACCGAAUCCUCUGACUACCAGAUCCGAGCUGCUGGGAGAGAAGAUGCCGGGUUCUACUGGUGUGAGGCCACCACAGAAGAUGGAGAUGUCAUCAAGCGCAGCCCCGAGCUGGAGCUUCAAGUGCUUGGGCUCCAGUCACCAGCUCCUGAGUGGUUUCAUGUCCUGCUGCAUCUGGUACUGGGAAUAAUAUUUUUGGUAAACACCAUUUUCUGUGUGAUAAUAUAUAAGAAACUGCAGAGAAAGAAAAAGUGGAUUUUAGAAAUUCCUGUGGACUCUAGUCAUGGGAAGAAGGUCAUGUCCUUCUGUCAAAAAGAUAGAUGUUUAGAAGAAGAACUGAAAUGUCAGGAACAAAAACAGCUGCAGGAGACGCCCCAGAAGCCCCAGGAGAAGGGGGACCAGGAGAAACAGCUCUGAGGGUGCUCGUGAGUCAAGACAGGCCCUGCACCUUCCUUUCCAUGAGCACGGGGCAUAAACAUCCAAAAGGUGAGGGACGCCAAGAUUGUGAGUGCCAUGGCAUCCGACCAACUCUUAAAUAAAGCAAAUGAAUGAGCUGACUUCAAUGGAGCAAAACUUGGAAGUUUUAUUAGAGAUGAUUUGAUGCGAGACCUCCUCCAAAGCAAUCUUUAAAGACUUGAAAAUCAAGUCUAACCUGAUUAUCCUAUUGGGUAUCUUGAGCAAUAUUUCUGGGGAAAGGGUAAAAAGGUAAGUGUGUGUAUAUAUACAAGAGAUUAAGACAGAGACAAAGUGAGAGAGACAGGUUGUGAGGGUACAAGAGGGGAUAAAUAGUAUAGAACAAAAAGAAGGAAAACUACCAUACAAAUAACUUUUGAGAGGUGACUUCCAGCCAAGAUGGAGGCAUAGGUAGACAUACUGUGCCUCCUCACACAACCAAAAGAAGGACAACAACAAUUUAAAAACCAAAAACCAGACCUGACAGAAAAUCCAACUGUAAGGAAGUCCGACAACGAAGGAAGUAAAGAAAAAACAUUCAUCCAGACCAGUAGGAGGGGCAGAGGUGGAAGGCCAGGACCAAGAGGACUCAUAGCAAUGCAGCAGCUGGUAAAGCACGUGGUCCCACACUCGCACGCAGAUAAACCAGAUGAAAUAAAGGGGGAGCGGGACAAACCUCGCAACCCGGGGUCCCAGCACAGAGAAAUAAAGCCUCAAACCACUGUGGGGGUGGAGGUGGCAGUAGGAGACACUCCAAGCCUCACGGGAGAGUUUGUUGGAGAGACCCACAGGGUCCUAGAAUAUACACAAGCCAACCCACCUGGGAACCAGCACCAGCAGGGACCAAUUUAACUCUGGGUAGUGGGGGAGGUGAUUGAAAACUGGCAGAGAGAAAAGCAAACAGCACUGCUCCCUCUCAGACCCCUCCUCCACAUAUAGCGUCACAACCCAGCGUUGUGGGUUGCCCCGCCCUGGUGAACACUUAAGGCUCUGCCCCUUAUAUGUAGCAGGUGAGCUGAAAAAAAAAAUGGCCCAAACAAAAGAACAGAUCAAAGCUCCAUAAAAAAUACAACUAAGUGACAAAGAGAUAGCCAAUCUAUCAGAUCCACAGUUCAAAACACUGGUGAUCAGGAUGCUCACAGAAUUGGUUGAAUUUGGUUGCAAAUUAGAUGAAAAAAUAAAGGCUAUGCUAAGUGAAAUAAAAUGUACAGGGAACCAAUAGUGAUGGGAAGGAAACUGGAACUUAAAUUAAUGGUGCGGACCAGAAGAAAAAAAGAAACAUCCAAUCAGAAAAGAAUGAAGAAACAAGAAUUCAAAAAAAUGAAGGGAGGCUUAGGAACCUCCAGGACAUCUUUAAAUGUUCCAACAUCUGAAUUAUAGGGAUACCAGAAGGAGAAGAAGAACAGCAACAAGUGGAAAACUUACUUGAACAAAUAAUAAAGGAGAAGUUCCCCAAUCUGCCCAAGGAAAUAGACUUCCAGGAAGUCCAGGAAGCUCAGAGUCCCAAAGAAGUUGGACCCAAGGAGGAACACACCAAAGCACAUCAUAAUUACAUUACCCAAGAUUAAAAUGAAGGAGAGAAUCCUAGAAGCAGCAAGAGAUAAGGAGGCAGUUACCUACAAAGGAGUGGCCAUAAGACUGUCAGCUGAUUUAUCAAGAGACCUUGCAGGCAAGAAGGGGCUAGAAAGAAAUAUUCCAAGUCAUAAAGGCAAGGACCUACACCCAAGAUUGCUCUAUCCAGCAAAGCUUUCAUUUAGAAUGGAAGGGCAGAUAAAGUGCUUCUUGGAUAAGGUCACAUUAAAGGUAUUCAUCACCAAGCCCUUAUUAUAUGAAAUGUUAAAGGGACUUACCUAAGAAAAAAUAUAUACAGUAAAAUGACAGCAAACUCAUGAUUAUUAACAACCACACCUAAAGCAAAAACAAAAACAAACCAAGCAAACUAGAACAGGAACAGAACCACAGAAAUGGAGAUCACAUGGAGGUUUAGCAACCAGGGAGCGGGAGGGGGAGAGAGGGGGGAAAGGUACAGAGAAUA